AUGGCAUCCCGUCAGAGCGACGGCAUCGACGAUGAGGACCUUACGGUUCACGCGUGUUGCGCGCCUCUCGAAAACUUCACCCGACCUGUCAACGUUAAUGAAAUAAGCGAAGAAGAGCGGAGACCCUUCUUCCACUGGCCGUACUUUGGACCUCUACUGGUUGAGAAUGAGAGCACUUUCCUCUCAUAUCUACGCCUCUCAAUCUACAUGGCCAUCGUCUCGGUUGCCAUCACCCUCUCCUUUCACCUCAAGACCGAGGCGACGCCGUUGGAGCUGCGCAUGGCCAAACCCCUCGGCACCAUCUUCUGGGCCCUGUCCGUCAUGACCCUGUUUGCCGGCAUGGGCAACUACAUCACAACUGUCAACAAGUAUAGCCGUAGAGCGGCAAUCGUUCAGAUUGGUUGGAAGACGCAUGCCAUAUUCAGCAUCACAGCUGUUGCCAUUAUAGGAACUUGCCUCAUCCUGCUUGUCAUUGCAAAGAUUCGCAACUCAAGUUCAUGA